UAUGUUCAUGAGCGCGAGGUGUGUCUGUAGAUCUAUGCAUGAUUACUUGAUGUGUACCAAAACCUUCCCAUACACAGACUAUCAUUGGCACACAUGCAUGUGGGCAAUAGAUAGGUGGAUAAGCAACCCCCCCCCCCAAACACACACACACACACACUUUGUACAAAUAUAAAAUAAACUCUGCUUGUGAGUUCAGAGCAGUCCUCAUUGAAUUGGUUGCAAUCCACCUCUUUCGUUCUCAUCUCUGAAUUCUUCAUUAUUUACUUGAUUCGCUUAUUUUUUCCGUAUUUACCGACACGACCAUCAUCAACGUCAGGUUAUUGCCAAUUACUCACAGUAGGGGUAAAACAUCAAAGGGGUCUAGCUCUCGUAUCUAGAGCUGGCCUUAGGACUACCCAACGACAACAACCACUACCACGAUUAUCUCACCACAGUCAGUGUUUCAAAGUAUGCUGACGUUUGCUUGAUGUGGAAGUUUUAAAGUGAAGAAGGUCGACAAUUUUAAAUGAAAUAUCAUCUUUAGAGAGGCCUUGUUGACUAAUAUAGGAGAGUAACCAGAUUUUGGAGGGUUUGGUGUUCGGUAUUUGAUUUCAAAUACGUUGAAGGAAAAGUGACAAUUUUCAUACGCCCCUCUCCGAUACCGUCACAUACCAUAAUUUCAAGCAUUACCAAAAUACCACCAUGUCCAAUGAUUAUUCUUCUAAAAUAACCGCCACCACUUCUCUUCUCUAAUCACCUCAUUUCAUCUUCCAUGAAACCAUUCGUCACCAGGUCUAAGCUAUGUUAAAAUUAAUGCGUAGAAGAUUCAAUACAUGCGACUCAUGACUCAAGUUUUCGUAUUGAAAACUAAAUUUACGCAUAUAAAGAUUCACUGGAGAUACAGUUUAUGCCAUUCAAGACAAGUUUUACUGUAAAAAAAAAAAAAAAAGAAUUAUAUUACGUCGGCGAAGAUUCAAUUUACGAACUUUCAAACUCUAAUUACGUAGGUAAGAAUUCAAUUUUACAUCCUCGAGACUCAAUUUAUACAGGCGAAGACUCAAUUUAUGCUCCGCAAUACAUAAUCUGCAUCUUCUGAAACGCAAUUUGUGAUGUUAAAGACACGAUUUACGCCGCUCAUAUUAUAAAUCUUAACAAGAACAAAGUCGGGUUUAUGUUAAGAGAAGGAGAUGUUAUCAUCGGGUAGAUGAGCUUAAUUGGAACAAAAAUUGGAAGGAAAAAAUAAUAAAUUGAACAGUUUCAGUAGCAACUGGGACAAAUCUUUAACGGCCACAAAGUCAGGGAAGAUCUUCUCUACACUUUCAGAAAGAAGGGACACUUUUUUUUUGUAUCUUUGAUAGUGUCCAGCAAUCAGCAUUAAUUAAACAUCCCCCACCACCAGCGCCUCUAUCACAACAUCCUCAUUACUGCCGCCGCCGCCACCAUCACAAAGGGAAAAUGGAAGGUAUUGAAUUGUCUUCAUAUAACACGUCAACAAUGGCUACAAUAGGAAUACUGGGGACUGGAGAUUAUGGACGUGCUCUUGCCAAACGAAUGCUACGUUGUGGAUUAAAAGUGGUUUUUGGCAGUCGGGAUCCUGCAAGCAGGCAUCUGGAAGCCAUUGACAAAGAACUUGCAGACGCAAAAUUAUCGACCGUUAAAGAUGUCCUGUCAAAUGAAAAUAUUGAAAUUAUCAUUCUUGCUGUUCACCAUUGGAACAUUGAUUCUUGUUUAGAGAAUUUCAACGCUGAAUCAUCGCAAAAAAUUUUCAUCGACAUAUCGAACAAUGAAGAAAUUCUUAAAGAUGAAUCGAUUGCGGAAACGCUUGUCGCUAAGUUUCCAGGGAUGCGUGUUGUGAAAGCUUUCAACACUUUAUCUGCUUAUGCUGUGGAAGACGAUAAUUUUGGUGGCAGCCGUCGAGUCUUAAUUGCAGCAGAUGACAUUGAGGCCAGAGAAAAGGUGUCAUGGCUUUGCUCCGAGAUCGGAUUUGAAUCAGUGACAUACGGGUCGCUGAAAGCUGCAAGGGAACUCGAAGCUUAUCCAACACGAUUAAUGCAAGGCUGGGGAAAAGCAACCAUUUUUAUGCUCAUUGUUUUCUUUGCAUGGAAUAUAUUUGUUGGUGUAAAAUAUGUUUAUUACUACAGUAAAUACAAUAAAAGGUUCCCAUGGGAGACCAUCCCUCUGCGCUUCAUAAACAAAUCAAUUUGUAUGACAGCCAUUACUUUGCUUACAUUCUCUUACCUACCUGGGUGCUUGGCUGCAUUUUUACAGAUUUACAACGGCAGUAAAUACAUAAGAUUUCCCAAUUUUUUAGAUCUUUGGCUCAAGUCUCGAAAAAUGCUGGGCUUGUAUGCUUUGCUUUUCAGUUUGUGGCACGUCAUUAUAUCAACAAUAUGUAUGUCUCCCGGAUACUGGGGAGGCUGGUUCCAAUCCACUCGUAUCACUUUACCAGAGAACACAACAGAUUUAACGUUGAGCUUCUCCUCUCGAAUGAACUUCCAAGGAGAAGCCAACAUCAGUGCAGGCAUUCUUGCUAUUUUGUGUAUGAUUAUUGUCGGGCUGUCUUCACUCCCAUCUGUUGGCAACAUUUUGAACUGGAGAGAAUGGCGGUUUGUACAGAGUCAUCUUGGUUACAUCACUCUUCUGUUCGCCACUGCCCAUGUGCUCAUCUUCAGUUUUCCUUACUGGAUCAGGAGACCAUCUGGUCUGUGGAAGAGCUCAACAUUUUUGAGUUGUCUGAUCCCUAUGAUUACUCUUUGCCUCAAAUUCCUCCUGUUGUUGCCAUGUAUUGGAAACUAUGUGUAUAAAAUACGAUCUGGCUGGGAAAGGAAGAAAUCUUCAAAGUCCCUUUUAACAACCAUAUGCUUGUAAAAGCAAUAAUAACAUUUUGUGAAAUAUCAGUGAAGUGUCAAAGAUGGGAGAGAAUGGCAUAAAAUAUUUUAAUACCAUUAUAUAUAUAUCUGUAUGUGUGUGUGUAUACACAUCUGUGUAUGUGUGUGUGUGUGUGUGUAUACCAAAUUAAGCAACAGGAUAUCAUGAAGUAUGGCCAUU